UAUGUACCUACACAGAAGAGGCAAGUUAAUAAAGCUUUACUGGUUUUCUGCGGACUUCUUGUCAACCAGUUGACCAAAAAGAGACUACGUUUGACAGCAGCGUUCUCGUUUAUGUUAGCAACCCGCUUACCACACACAGCUCACUCUCACACGAGGUCUCACACCAUCUCCAAUUAUGCACCUCCAACACCUGGUCUGUCGGCAAAAUCUGCAAAAAAGCAAUCAUUGCAAUAUCACCAAACGACAAAAGGUUUCAAUGCCCAGAGGCGGAUUCGAACCGCCGUCAACACGGAUCGCUGUAUAGAAGAACCACAACGUAUCAUCCUAACCAACUAG